CGAGCCUUUCGCUUUGAUUUUCUGAAUGUGCCAGCCCAGGACUGACUUUUAAUAUUCAAAGGCUGAGAAGCACACACGCCAGAAUCCUUUAUCGUCAGCUUUCGAGAAAUGUAGUAAAUAUUUUGUAGAUGGUGCCAAGACGUGCCUUUCGGAACUAAAAGAGAUGCAAUGAUAUAAAAUAAAUCACGCACCUUUGCUAUCACUUUAACAAGCACUCUCUGACUGAGGGGCAAGACACCUGUAGAUCUGCUCAUCAGUGAAAACUCCCCUUUAUUCUCACCGAGUACCUGUGCUGUCAAAGAGCUUCGAACUACGCGUCCAUCCAUCUUUAGAACUGCACAGCUGUUGGUUUCCGUGGAAUCACUGCUUGUUACCGUCCGGGAUAUUAACAUAUCCCCGCCCAACCUAGCAGUAAUUGGCGAGAAGAAACACUAACUGCUGUGCCAAUGGUUAUUGAAGCUAUCGGUCACAAGGCUCAGUUCGGCAAAACUGGAGCGUGCGAAGAAAAGAGGCAGAAAAAGCGCUGGUGUAACUGAGUUCGGCUGCAAGCAGGCGAUGAGCAACCCAGCUGCGGUCUGUGUUCCUAACAGGAUGCUGCUUAAGUACAGGUGAACGGGAUCUUCUGCAUCUGUCCGUUGGUUGGCUCAGUAUUAUUAUUAAGCACUGAAUACGAAAAAAGAAAAAAACAGCUACACACAAUAAAAUACAUGUUCUUUGUGAAAUCAUCACAAGCCAUGUCCCGGAAAAAGACCCUGAAAGGCAAAGGGAACAGCUCCCCAACAGCUACCCUGCCCUCUAAGCAGAAUGGGAAAUCCUGCAAGGGCAGCUCCGGAGCCGAGAUGCCAGUCAAUGGGGUCGUGCUGCCAAACCGACCCUCUCUCAGCAACAGCAGUGAGUUCUAUGACAUUGCAUUUAAGGUUAUGCUGGUUGGGGAUUCCGGAGUUGGAAAAACAUGCUUACUUGUCAGGUUCAAAGAUGGCGCGUUUCUUGCAGGAAGCUUUAUUUCUACUGUAGGAAUUGAUUUCCGGGACAGCUCUCUUGAGGCUGUUGAAAGCCUGGAGGAAAAUCUGGUUUCUGGGCUGGAUUCCUCUGCCAUGACCAGUGUGGAGGCCAGUAUGGAUUCAGUUUUUCACACAUCCUUAGAGGCCUUGCAGACAUCUGCUUCAGAUGCUUAG